UAUGUGUGAGUCAGUGUGCGUGUUUGUGUGCGUGUAUAUGUGUGUUUGUCUCCAGCUCUCACCAGGUUGGGUGCGUUACACUGAGGGCUUCCUGCUGCAUCCAUCCGCCUGAAACUAACAAGCGGCGGACUGUCACUGCAGGUUUUUAAUAGAGACAGUGACGCCGGUGGAAACAACCUCUUGACGUCCCUCCCUCUCAGGACAACAAAGGCAGCUCCUCACACACUCGAACCACAGCAGAGCAGCAGUUUGAAAGCUUCCAUCAGACUCAUGACUGUUUGAAGGGACACGGCCCCACCGUGGCCCAUGCACUGUACCCGUUUCCCUCCCUGUCCUCCUUAUCCCUCAAGCUGACGCAAAACCCCAGACACCUUCCCCCCCUCCCCCACCCCCACCCCCACUCCCACCCCAUCCCCAGUGACUCGCCCCCUCCCAACAUGGCGUCCGGCACAGAAACCGUGCACUACAUCCACCUUCACAACUCCAGCCAGUCAGUGCUGGAAGCCCUGCGCACGCAGCGGCGCGAGGGCCUCUUCUGUGAUGUGACCGUGCGGAUACAUGACGCCUCACUACGUGCCCACGCCUGCGUCCUGGCAGCUGGUAGCCCCUUCUUCCAGGACAAGCUGCUGCUGGGUCACUCUGAAAUCUCUGUGCCACCGCUGGUGCCCGCUGAAACCGUGAAGCAGCUCGUGGAUUUCAUGUACAGCGGCUCGCUGGUGGUGCUGCAGUCGCAGGCCCUUUGCAUCCUCACCGCUGCCAGCAUCCUGCAGAUCAAGACGGUCAUUGAUGAGUGCACCCAGAUAAUCUCUCAGAGGAAGGCAGCGGCAGGGGCGGCGAGUGCAGCAGCAGCGGCGGCCGCGGCGGCAGCAGCGGCAGGAGGAGGGAUGCUCGGAGGAGUUCUCCCUAAACAAGAAGAGCGUGGUGGGGGCAAAGGGAGAGAGAGUGGCGGCAGUGGAAGCUGUUCUGUCGGUGGAGCGAGUGGGGGUGGGGGUUACGCAAACUUCUCUAACUUCAUGGCUGAAUGCGGAGCAAGUAACAUGGGUGGUGGGAUGGGGGGUACCGGCGUUAGUGUCAGUGAGAGUGGCCCAGGCCCGAUGGAGCAAGCUAACACCGUGAGUCUGAUGGCGCUGGGCGACAUGGGCCCCGGCUCCAUGUGCGGUGACGGGAUGGGCUCGGGGCCCGGCACAAUCCUCAUGAAGCAGAGCUCCAGCUGUACUCAGGACGUCAGGUACAAGCUCCGAGACCUGUUGGCACAGACGGCCAACGGAGCCAACACUAGUAGCACAGGGAACCUCUCAGCGGGCUGCAGCUCCGGUGUGGGCAGUGUGGACAGCAUCGGCAGGGACAGCCUCCGCGGCAACACAACUGACCUCUCUGAUGACCUGGUGGGGAUGGACAGAUACAGCGAGGAGGAGGACUUGGACGGGAGAGAGCGGGGAAGGGAUGGAGACAGAGAUAGGGGGGCGAGCCACAGCCGCAAGCAGAGGCAGCCGCUAAGACUCCAGGUGCUGGGAGGAGAGGGAGUGGUGGUGAAAGAUGAAGGGGUUCAGGACGCAGAUGGGACCGUCUAUGCCUUGGAGGACGGGAGAAGAGACGGAGAGCAGGAGGGCUCCCAGGAAUCCAUGGCCAGCUUUGGACAGGAUUUCUACGAUGAGCAGGGGGUGUUUUCUGAGAGUUUCUGGCCCCAGAGCGAGCCUCCUCGGGCCAUGGCUUUCAACCCCAGAGGAAGGGUCAACAAGCCUCUGACUCCGCCCCCAACCACGCAGUCCAUCAACAACCAGCUUCUGUUCCAGUACCCAGUGAGCCAGUCGCAGCCAGCUCCGUUCUACGUGGGCGGGCCCAUGGGUGGGAUUGACAGCAUGGCGGGGACAGAGCCCAGUCAGCAGCCUCCGCCCCCGGCGCCGAUGACCCCGGCCCCGCAGCCCUCCACCUCCACCUGCCCUGCAGGCCCCUCCCCUUCCUCCCAGGGAUCUGAGACCUCGUUUGACUGCACGCACUGUGGCAAAUCUUUACGUUCCAGGAAGAACUACAGCAAGCACAUGUUCAUCCACUCCGGUCAGAAACCUCAUCAGUGCUCCAUCUGCUGGCGCUCCUUUUCCCUGCGCGACUACCUCCUCAAACACAUGGUGGUGCACACCGGCGUCAGGGCCUUCCAGUGCUCCAUGUGCGGCAAGCGCUUCACCCAGAAAAGCUCGCUCAAUGUGCACAUGCGCACCCACCGUGCUGAGCGCACCUUCCAGUGCAACGUGUGCCACCGGGCCUUCACACACCGCACCUUGCUGGAGCGCCAUGCCCUGCAGCACGCCCACCACGCCCCCCAGGCCCAAGGCCAGGGGCGUGGAGCCGACAUGACCUCACCUACCAAGCACAGUCCUCCGGCUCUGGGAGGGCCCUCAGGUAUGGCUGGCGCGGCUGGCAUGGUUGGCAGCAUGGCCAACAUGCCCAGCCACGGAGCUUCCUCCACCUAGAGAGAGAGGGAUGGGGAGAUAUAGGGGAGAUAAGGGGGGGGAGGUCAGUGAGCCCACUCCUUAUUUGGUCCUAACAGCCUUGUUGAUGUUUUCUUCUGGUGGGAACAGCACUUACAGGUUCCCAUUGUUUUAGCCUAACGCCACCUUUAAUCAGGGUUCCUACACGGGGCUGGAAGGCCUUUUGAAGUUUGAAACUUGUGUAAAUUCAUGAGGUGUUUUGGAAUUGCACAAAAAGUUUAAAGGAAAAGUUUAGGGGAAAAAAAGUGUAGUUCCCUUUUACUGAAACCCAUCUUAUAUAGUUGUGACCCUCCUUUCAUUUCCCGUGUUGUGACAUUUGUUGCCGUGACGACUAAUCAUAAGCUACAGAGCAACAUCGCUAACAAUCGCACAUCUUGUUGAACAGCUGUUUAAAAAUCCAGUCAAGUUUUUUUUUUUUCGGUGGAAAGAAGUUGUGGAUUUGGAAACGGAGAGUGUGUAGGAACCCUGUUUCAAAGACGCCAGAGAGUCACCAAAGAGGUUAGGAAAACAGAGCGGGUUUGG